AUGUGUGAUAAUGAGCCGAGAUAAGAGUACGAUAAUAUUGUAUUGAAUUAUAUAUUUUGUCUAUAAAUUUUAUGGAAAACCAUGUGAACGAUCGAUGUGGAUUAAUUAAUAUAAUUUAAUUUACCUCAAGUCAUUAAAUUUUUAUAGAUAUUUAGAUACUUUUAUUUAUAUUAUUAUUAUUAAUAUUUAUAAUUGUUGGUAUUUUAUGAGACCUUUUGAAAAAUGGAGCAACAAGUCUGUGAAUCGCAAUUUAUUCUACAACAGAAAGAAUUUUAUGAAGAUGCAGCAAAAUAUUGGGAGAAAAUACCAGCAACAGUAGAUGGAAUGUUAGGGGGAUUUGGAUUUAUUUCACAAACAGAUAUUAUUGGAUCUAAGCAAUUUUUGAAAUCACUUUUUCAGUUCCCAGGUUUAUUACCAGGAAGAAAUUACGCUUUAGAUUGUGGUGCUGGGAUUGGCAGGAUAACUGGAAAUUUACUUACAAAAUAUUUUAAAACAGUUGAUCUAGUUGAACAGAAUCCAAAAUUUUUAGAACAAGCUAAAUUAUAUUUAAAAAAUUCUUUACACAGGGUUGGACAAUUUUAUUCCAUAGGUUUGCAAGAUUUUUGUCCAGAACCAGGAAAAUACGAUGUCAUAUGGUGUCAAUGGGUCUUAGGUCAUUUAAAUAACAACGAUCUCAUUAAAUUUUUUCAAAACUGCAAACAAGCAUUAAAAAGUACCGGCCUACUAGUUGUUAAAGAAAAUGUUACAAGUUCUAACGUGGUUGAAGUUGAUAAAGAAGAUUCAUCGAUUACUCGUCCUCAUUCCGAUUUAUUAACAAUAUUUGAAAAGUCAGGGUUUAAGUGCAUAAAAGAAGAGAGGCAGUACCAUAUGCCAGAUGGACUAUACCCUGUAUACAUGUUUGCCAUAAAACCUUGUGAUAAUUAGAACUAAAAUGUAUCGACUUAAAAUGAUGAUACUUUUAAAAGUAUGCAUGUUAUGAUGUAAUGAACAAUUUCCGAAUUAUACUAUAGCUGUACAUUGCAGUAUCACAUCGUACUAAUUUGUAAAAAUACAUUUUUUAGUAUUCUGUACAUAAAAUUAAGUAAAACAU